CCUCAGGAUAGGAAAGAAUGGAGGUGCGUAUCCAACCAGUUUUAGGACUGACGACCUUAUGAUGAUGAUUGUCUUUGAUAAUAGACGUAUCUAAGCGAAUUUUUAAGUACGAUUUAAGUAGGAAAUUUUCUCUAAUCGCUUUUGGUUAUCCUUACUUCGUUUAUUGAUUAACAAAGCAGAACUUGAAUAAAACGAUGAGCCUGUAUUUGUUUGUAUAAUCGUUGUUAUAGAAAUGGUGUGUCUAUGAAUGUAUACGAAACAGUGCCUACAGAAGGUUUUUAAUUUUAAUAACAUAAUAAUAGUGGUAAUCGUUACAAACACAAUUCUCUUAAAUAAAUUUUCACGUUAACGUUUUACCAAUGAUAGGAAACACGAGUUCAAAUAACUUUAAAGCAAAUAUUUAAAAUAAAGAGAUAAAAAGUGAAGGUUCUUUAAAUUUUAAUGGAAUUCCAUACCUCAAAAUGGCUGGAAGCACAUUUGGAACGAAACGCAGGUUUAAAAACAUUACCGAGAAACUUAAUUUUGGGGGACAUUUUUGGGGAUGGAGACUACCGCUUAAUAUUGGUAGAUGUAGACUUUGGGCAAGAUCUAAAAGCAAAUUUGAAAGUGUACAGAGGGACAGGUCUUGUAGCGAAUCAGCCCUUACCGGUUCUACCAUCGUCUCUUAUCAGCUUUUAUAAUGACUUAACUGAACCUUAUUUACCAGUGGUCGGUGUGUCAUGCGAUACUGACUUCUUAAUUUACAAAAACAACAAGCCUUUUUAUAAAUUUUCCGUACCUUCGUUUCCACUCACAACGACAGAGUCGAAUGUCUGGCAACGGUUACCACAUGUUACAGACGAAUCAGAUUACAAGAUACUAUUAGAAAAACUGCAGUCAGUUUCCUUUUCGACCCUAUCUUCAAGAUCUCAAAAGUUAUUGUCGGUCCCUUUGAAUAAUAUCAAGGAAGAAAUUGAUAAAUAUUCUGGCGAAGAACCAUCAAUUCAUCCCUCUAUUACUUGUUCCACAACACUAAGGAAAAAUUCUGAAGAUGAUAUUGCGGUAUCUUGUGCCGUUAUUGGAACUGAAAAUGGCUAUAUUUUCAUACUAGAUCCUUUAACUUUCACUGUUUUGCAUAAGGCCGUUUCCGCAAAUAUCAAAUCAAGUCCUUUUAUAUUGCAAACUUCUGGCUUGUAUGACGUGGAAUUUAGAAUCCUUGUAAUAUGUCGAGAAAACCACGUGUGUGUUAUUAGAAAUGGAUGGACCGAAGGAAAAAUCUUAUUUCGUACAGCAAAUGCUAUUAUUGAUGCUGUACACUUGUCGGUUGACAAAUCGCUGGUUGUUGCUACAGCAGGGAAGAAUUUGUCCUGUUAUUCAAAAAAGGGAAAUAAAAUGUGGACAGUAAAAACAAUACAUGAGAUAACGUGUUUAUGUUUAUUGUCAUUGAAAUCGUCAAAUACUUAUUUGGUGGGGGUGGGUAUGAGAAAUGGUGCGAUUCAUUUAUUUCAAGGUAGACAUAUCGUUGAUUGCAUUUCAGCUCCCGAUACCCCUUCAGCACUUUUGUUUGGUCAAAUGGGUCAAGAAGAACACGUCUUGAUUAUAAUUACUAUAGCUGGUGCUCUUAAUUUCAAAAUUUUGAAACGUACGGCGAAUUUUAAUCUUGAAAGUCAAGAAACGUCUGGACCCGUUGUCGAAAAUCGGCCCUUACCUCUACCAAAAAGGAGUAAACUGUUUGUGGAACAAGUUAUGAGAGAGAAGCAAAACGCUUGUGAUAUUCAUCAACGAUUUCAACAAGACCUCAUAAAAAUGCGUCUCACAGCAGCACGGGCAAUGGUACAUUUAAAACCAGAUGAAAAUGCAGCAGGGAACGAAAAAGAAUUAGUUAAAUUAUCAGCUCGUGUAACUGGUUUGGGUCCCACAUUUACACUUAUUUUAAAUGUUGAGAAUAUGAGUAAUGAGAAGCCAUUAUUGGGAUUAUCAGCAAUACUCCAUUGCAAAACUUCACUGUACAAACUUUCAUCUUAUGUUAUUAAGAAAAUGGAAACAAAAGUAUUAGAAAUAAAUGAACCAAUAAAAGGUGAUAACAGUGACAAAAACAACUUAAUAAGAGUGUUUGUUAUAAAAAAAGACGGUAAUCAACCAGUCAUAACAGCAUCUAUAAACAUGCCUGAUACUGAUUUUCUUGAUAUACUAUAAGAAUUAUGAUUAAUAAAAUAUGUAUCCAAUUAUCUAAAUAAUACAUCCGUUUACCUAA